AAAAAGUAGCAGUAGAUAUGGCCUUGGCAUCCACAAGUUUUCAUGGAGCCAAAUCCAUUGAACCACCAGCCACGGCGGCCGGAGCCACCGCUCUACGGCUGCCGGCCGCCCGUUUUUCUCUAAGGACGUCCUUCUUUUCACCAUCCAUCCGCCAGUUGAUGCGGCCAUCUCAAGUCUCAAGUGUUCCGGCAACUGCCCCCAAAUUCUUCAUGCGACUGGCUUCCAAGCAAGCCUACAUUUGCCGUGAUUGUGGGUAUAUCUACAACGACAGAACCCCAUUUGAGAAGGUGCCUGAUAAUUACUUCUGUCCUGUUUGUGGUGCCCCAAAGAGGAGGUUUAGGCCAUAUCAGCCAGCAGUGACCAAAGAUGCCAAUAGCACAGAGGUUAGAAAAGCCAGGAAAGCACAGAUUAAGAGAGAUGAAUCUAUUGGGCAGGCAUUGCCCUUUGCAGUGGCACUUGGAGCUGCAGCUUUGGCUGCUUUAUAUUUCUACCUCAACAGUACCUACUAAAGAGUUCAAUGAUGCAGAAUCUGGAUUUAUGAGCCAAAGACUAGAAAGUCAUUGCAUCUCAACUUGUAUUUUUCUUUUUUCUUUUCAAUUUUUUUGUAAUUGGUUCAUAACAAUUUCACAUUCUUUUGUCUAAUGUCCAGUUAAGUUUAUGUACUUAAUGCUUCUAUAGGUCAACUUCAUCAUAUUAAGGACUUCAAUAGAAAAAAAGUAACCUAUCACAGGAAACUGAGGAGCUUCUUUAGUUGAGUAGUGUAGGGCUGGAUAGAACUCGAAUCAUAGAAAUAAGAUACUAAAAAUAGUCCAGGUUUCUUGAUCUUAGUGAUAAUUAUUACAAUAUAAUCAAGAACCCCAUUGCAUGUACUACUAUCUAAAAGAAUCAAAGGUAACUUAAUUUACAAAUAUUAGGAGCAAAGUAAUAUGAGAUUCAGACAAUGCAAACCUGAGGUGUCUGCAAAGUUUGACCUAUUAUACAUAUAUGUGAUGGAUGAAGAAAAUGAAAAGUAUCAUUCUUGGAGAACAAACGAACCAUCAAUCAUUUUGUCCAUGAAUUCAGGUCGAAAAGUUAAUGGCGAAAAUGGAUUGCUGUAACUCGNAAAAUAAAUUUUGGUUGAAACUAACUUGAUUCCCAUUCUCAUCAUAACCUCUGUCCCAUGUGUGUAUUUCGCUAUUCUUCAAAACUGUGAGUUCAGAUUUACAAAUUGAUGCUCCAUUCUGCAAUGUAUUAGGAAAUCCAUCUGGAGGAGUCGAGCCUUCAUACAAACAGCGUUUGCCUCGAUCACAUCGUUUGAGGUAAAUGGUGGUCAAAUGCUCUGCAAUGUCCUAUGAGAUUUCCUAAGAUUAAAUGAUAAAAGAUACUGCCUACUCAUAGCAAGGUUGACAAAAUAUAUGUUGAUAUUACCUAAACCAAAGAAAUCUCCAGGUAUAUCGAUAGUAAUGCAUAUUCUCCUAUUUCAUGUACUUUGAGUAGGAAAACCCAAGUACUUCAACAUACAUCUCGCUCUACUUAUUAUAAAACUAGAAAGGAUCCUUGUGCAGCUGAUUGUUUAGUUAUAAGAAUUUUCUGUAAUAAUUUUGCUCAUGACAAGCAAUUUCAUCCGUUCUCACUUUUCAAUCAUCUAUUAGAUCCAAUUCAAUUUCAC